CACUGGGCAUCAAGACUUGGUUGUGAGUGCAUACCCAGGAGCCACAGGAAGCCUCGUCCAGCGAAGCCUUACGUCUCCGUCAGCCGCCUUCACCAACAUGAAGACUUUGUGCAUCACCCUGAUUGUGGUGCUGGGCGUCGCGACCGGCGCGCCGAACAACGGCAAAUCGAAGACCGACUACGACUUCCGCUUCGACGCCGGUUCGCACUUCCGCGAGGAGACGAAAGGUGAUGACGGCAUCACGCGCGGCCGCUACGGGUUCCGGACUCCCGACGGCUGCAUGCACGUGGUGCGCUAUCAGGCUAACGAGGCCGGCGGGUAUCGCGUCCUGGGCUCCAGCAGGGAAAACUGCAUCGCCAAGGUUCGCCGACCGGUCGCCCGAGUGCCGACCACGAGGCGUCCGACUACCACGACCAGCACGACCACCCCCAGACCGCGCGACCCACUGACGGUUCGUCCUGUCCCCGUCGUCGUCGACAAUGCUAUUGAAGCUUCCAAGCCAGAGGCCGUGAUUGAGGAACGUCAAGGCAGACAGUUGCGACGCCCCAACCUGACAACGCAACGACCUGCACCGACCACGACCACCACAACCACCACAACCACCACAACCACCACGACUCCUCGACCCAAGGAUGAGCCAGAGCCAUCGUAUACCUUUGGAUUCACCACUCCCACUCACGGCCACUCGGAGACGGGUCUUCCUGACGGCUCCAAGAAGGGCGAAUACUACUGGGACGCUCCCGACGGCUGGAGGCGCAUCGUCACAUACGUUGCCAACGAAAGGGGAUUCUUCCCCAAGAUUCGCCGCGUGAGGAUUCCCACCACCACCCCGAAGCCCCCGCCCGUGACCGAGGACGAGGGCAAGGCCGGCGGCAAGGAGCUCGGAGGACCAGAUGCCGACGACGAUCUUCGUAUCCCGGGAAAUAGCUGUCCUUAUUUCUUCUACUACAACACCAGGAUGAACUACCACUGGGAACGCUGUCACACGAACGGCACCAAGACCGGCCAGUUCGGACACCUGGGCUCGGACGGCUAUGAGCACAGGAACACCUACUAUGCGGACGGCACUGGAUUCCACCCGACGCUGAGCAGGACGCCCCUGAACGCGCGCCAGCUGGAGACGGUGGCCGAGUACGAGGCAGGCGCCUUCAUCAUCCCCAAGCCUGACGAAGAGCGACGCAACACAGAGAAGAGGAUAUUGAAGUGGCUGGAGGAGAACAGGGAGCGCCUCAGCAACCCCCUCUGAUCAGCUGUUUGACGCCCCCCCCCCACCCCAUGGCCUGUCGUACGGGAGGGGGGACAUGUAUGGACAACGAAGGAAGAAUUUCAACAUCAUGAUUCAUCGUGUUAUCUUGGGUUGUGUCUGACUGUUUUUUCAUUUUUCAUUUUUAUCAUCAUUAUUUUCCUCGCGAGCGUUUGUUUCAAGAGAAUAUUGACGUCAACUGAAAACCUGUAUAAGGGUGCACGAUCUUCUAUGUUUUUAAUUUUUUCUGUUAUUUUUCUCAAGGACUGAUUAACAUUAUUUUUAUUUGUCAGGAUUUUGAGUUGUAAAUAGAGACAUAUAAUUCAUCGAUUUUAGUUUGUUUGUUUGUUUUCAAUUACAUGUCCAUUUUCCCGCUCCCAGUCUCCAUUACAGACAGUGGUUACUAUUGUUGCCAGUUCUUGAAAGAUGAUGUUUUAUACUAACAUAUCAUUGAUGUUGACUUGCCCUCGUGUCGCAUACGUGGACCACAGCAUAUGUUCAUUGUUAAAAUUAGGGUUAAGUGUGAUGUACAGUUCAUAUAGUCUAAUGAAUAAAAAUAUGAAU